AUUUAUUUCCUGCAGCAGGAUAUGAAAGCAAAUGCAUUGACUUUGAUGACCGGGUUAACCCUAGGGGAGGGAGUGGACUAAGGGCACCCAAAGCAAAUAUCUUAAAUUGACUGCACCAACGGAUUGCGUUUAAUUAUUUCUGUGGUCUGCGUGUGGCAUUGCUAGCAGAAACAGGAUAUUCAAGCAGGUCAACAGGGCUGGCUACGUAUCUUUACUUUUAAUGACUGCAAUACAUUGCCAACUGAAACAUUUAACAUGAACCGGCAGUCGCUGUAUCCUGGGUCAAGUGCUGCACGUUCCACUAUGCAAAUAAAUUGUUGGUUUCUGCAAACGAAGUUAAGUAGAUAAUCAAAGGCAAUGGGGCUGCUCGCAGAGCCAUAGAUCUUAUCUGUGGUCAAUUUAAGUUUGCAUAUGCUUGGGCAUUCGAAAUGCGCUUCUUGUUGCGCUUCUUACUCCACUGGUGACGGCGUUUCACCAUUUUUCCCUCACUUAACUUAAUUUCUGCUGGUCCGGCUUCACGAAUAGCUCCGCUUCUCACAUCUCAUUGCUUCUCACUUCACUUCUAAGUUUGAUGCUCACAUUAUAAAUUCACUCUUUUAUAGCUGCCUGCUCCUUCGGCUUACUUAGCCUCGCGCUUUAUUUCUAUAUUCAGUGGCCGCUUCGAUGAUAGCCUCUUAUAUAGCUCUGCUUCUCUCUAGUUCGCUUCUCAUUUUAUUGCACAAGUCGUCAUUUUUCGGUUCGUUGCUCUGACGCCCUGUGUGCAUUCAUAAAUUAUGGUUUACCUAAGCAUAACAUUCAAUUUAUUUAAAUGAGCUCCGCCCAUUGUUCCUGGAGUAUUUUUCUAUCUCUCACUUUUGUGUUUUUGUUCUAUCUUUGCAGAAUAGAAAUGAAUGUCAACGCGUUUUAAGUGCGCUCAGCAUUCGCGCCCUCAUAAAAGAAUCAAGAUUCCGGACCGGAACGUGACUUUUGGCGCAAGUAAAUUGAAGCCACAGCGCGAUAAAAACUGCAAUGCCAACCUGAGCGAAAUUUGUUGGCGCAAUCAAACAGAUAAAAGAUAUAUAUACACAUAUCUAUAUAUAAAAAGUCAGUGUCCAUGGCGGACACUUCAGCUGCAACGCGAAUGAACGCAGCCAUGCGAUAUCAUCAUCUGCCCAGCCCGGCCAUUUGGAUGUCGCUGCUGGCGCUGCUGGCAGCUGCAGCAACCGCGGCGCCAACAUCAACGUCGACUGCAGAUCGUCAUCGCUGUGCACACAAGGGCAUCGCAGAGUUGAUUCGCACCAGCCCGGUAAUUGUUAAAGCUCUCGCCGCGCGCAUCUUUACCGACGCUGAGCUGGCCGAGCAGCCGUUGGAUUCGGCCUCUGCAUCGCAGUCGUCCGCCUUUUUAAUAACAUUAACGCCGGAAACGAUAUACAAAGGCGCAUCGCUGCUCAAAAUGGCUAACGGAGCUGCCGCCGCUGCCGUUGCAGACGAAGCUGGCGAUGGCAACCUGGGCAAUGAAGCUGCAUCCGGCGGGACUCGACGCAGUGGCAGCGUCAGCGGUUCCAGUGCUUGGAGCGAUAGCGGCGCUGCCUACCAAUACGAGGGUCAGCUGAAUGCUACAUUAGAGCCGCUGCAAUGCUUCGAUGCUAAUAUGCUGAAAAUGUUGCCUACGGAAUUAAUUGCUUUUGGCAAAUUACUGCCUGCCUCAGCUGUUACAAGCACGGGCUACUCCAGCAGCUUCAACUCGGACUCCCCUCUUGCAUCCAGGCAAAUGCAACGCACGGGACUAGGAUCAGUGUUAGAGUUGGCCAGCGACAAGGAUGUGCUUCACAUCAGCGUCAACGGACUGCAUCGUUGGACGCCGCAAUUUGAGAAUCAUAUCUGGAAGCAUUUAGGCUGGGACGAUUGGAGCGAUUUUACGCUUUGCAGCGUCACCUGCGGCAAAGGUGUGCAGCAGCGCUUCCGUCGCUGUCUGUUAGACAAUCCACUGGUGGACAUCAGCAUGAAUAUGAAUCUGAAUCUGGAUGACGAGGAUGACGUUGACGAUGAGGUUGAGCAGGAUGAAGGGGAGGGAGAUGUAGAUGAUGCUGAAGUGGUUGCAGACGAGGCGAAUAAUGAUGUGCCAGGGGUAGGGGACAUGGGAACAACACCAGCCGCAUUCAAUGCUGAUAAUAAUGAAGUGCUCAGCCAGGACGUGGAUGGGACUGAGGAUGCGUUACUGAUGAUGAUGCAACCAGCAGCAGCUGCUGCUAGCUCCAACUCAACGAAGAGCACACUGAUGCAUAAAGGAAUACACACAACGAUAACAGCUACAGCAACAGCAACAGCAGCAGCAGCACCAGCAACUGGGUUAACAAGCGGCGGUAAUGAAGCGAUGCGCACAGGUGUCAGCUUUGUGGCAGUUGCACGUAAUGACCGUCGCAGGACACGUGCAAAUAAUCAGCACAAAAAACGCAAAGCGACCAAAAGUCUAGCGCUAUCCACGCUACUCUGCGAAGGCUACAAUAUCGAGCAGCGCAACUGCAACAGCUUCGAGUGCAGCGAUGAUAUUAGCGAUCUGCUCAAGUUCUAUAAGAAGCUGCCCGUGUCUGCUGAGGAGCUGCCAUCUGUGCCCAGCAACGACAGUUUGCCUUAUGCUGAUAUGCCAGACGUAACGACAGCUUUUUCUGUGGGCGCAUCCUCGUCGUCGACGCCCUCGAACAUGGGCUACAUAAGGAGCUGGCGGAAUAUGCUGAACUUUACCUUGAUGAUCACCCUGAGAGCUAAGAAUGAUACCAAAAAUGCGUCGACUAUAUUCUCCAUACGCAAUGUAACGCACAAUUUGUAUCUGGAGGCGUGCAAGGAUGGACUACGUCUAUAUUUGGAGCGCGACAAUACAACGGAAAUGUUGCCGGUGAAAUUCAAUUUAUAUGAUUAUCGCUGGCAUCAAGUAGCCAUCAGCAUACAAAAUGGCGAUUUCAUAUCGAUUUACGUCGAUUGCUUGUGGACAAACAGUUUUGUUGUCUCAAAGCGGCUGUUCACGCUGCCCCUGGACGCGGAUGUGGAAAUUGGACGCGGCUUUAAUGGGGAGCUGCAACAGUUGUUGGUGCUGCCGGAGCAUCAGGAGCGCUUGCAGUGCAGCAACAAGAGGACAUCGAUUAACGAAGUUAAGCGCUACAUUAUCGACACAUUCAUCGAGGACUAUGCCACCAAUUAAGGUUGCGUGGCUAACAACAACAGCAACAACUGGAGCAAAAUCAAAUGAAAAUCGUAAAUACAUUUAAUUGACAAAUACAUAUGCGUAUGUGACAUGAAUAAUGCAAGUUAUUUCGAUACAACA